AUGCAUUCCCAGGUGCUGCCCGCUGUGCUGCUGCUGCUGCUGCUGCUCCUCGGGGCUUCUGCCCCUCAGGGGGAGGGAGCAGAGCCUGGGGACAGGGGACAGGAGCAGGUGCCUGAGGGGGUCCCUGAGGAGAAUGGGGUCUUGGUACUAAACAGGAGUACCCUGGGCCUGGCCCUCCAGCAGCACCCAGCCCUGCUGGUGGAGUUCUAUGCUCCAUGGUGUGGGCACUGCAAAGCCCUGGCCCCUGAGUACAGCAAGGCGGCCACACUGCUGGCGGCAGAGUCGGUGAAGGCCACCCUGGCCAAGGUGGAUGGGCCCGCAGAGCAGGAAUUGGCCCAGGAGUUCGGAGUGACCGAGUACCCCACACUCAGGUUCUUCCGAGAUGGGAACCGGACACACCCAGAGGAAUACACAGGCCCCCGGGAAGCGGAGGGCAUUGUCAAGUGGCUGCAACGGCGAGUGGGUCCCAGUGCCACCCAGCUGGAGGACGAGGAGAGUGCCCAGGCCCUCAUAGAUGCGCAGGACACUGUGGUCAUCGGUUUCUUCCAGGACCUGCAGGACGAGGACGUGGCUGCCUUCCUGGCCCUGGCCCAGGAUGCACUGGACCUGACCUUUGGCCUCACUGACCGGCCACAGCUCUUCCAGAAAUAUGGUCUCACCCAGGACACCGUGGUUCUCUUCAAGAAGUUUGAUGAGGGCCGGGCUGACUUCCCUGUGGACAACGAGCUGGGCCUAGACCAGGCAGAUCUGUCUCGCUUCCUGCUCACACACAGCCUGCACUUGGUCACAGAGUUCAACAGUCAGACAUCCCCCAAGAUCUUCACGGCCAGAAUCCUCAACCACCUGCUGCUAUUUAUCAACCAGACGCUGGCCACACACAGGGAGCUCCUAGGAGGAUUCCGGGAGGCAGCUCCCCCAUUCCGGGGCCAGGUGCUGUUCGUGGCGGUGAAUGUGGAUGCGGAUAAUGACCACGUGCUGCAGUACUUCGGCAUGAAGGCGCAGGAGGCCCCCACCCUGCGUUUUAUCAAUGUGGAGACCACCAAGAAGUACGCACCUGCUGGCAGGGAGCCAGUCACUGCCACCUCUGUCUCGGCUUUCUGCCACUCAGUCCUCAAUGGUGAGGUCAAGCCCUACCGCCUGAGCCAGGAGGUGCCCCCCGACUGGGACCAAAAACUAGUCAAGACCCUGGUUGGCGAGAAUUUCGAGCAGGUGGCUUUCGAUGAGACCAAGAACGUGUUUGUCAAGUUCUACGCCCCAUGGUGCACCCACUGCAAGGAGAUGGCCCCAGCCUGGGAGGCACUGGCUGAGAAGUACAAGGACCGCCAGGACCUGGUCAUCGCAGAACUGGACGCCACAGCCAAUGAGCUAGAGGCCUUUGCAGUGCAAGGUUUCCCCACGCUCAAGUACUUCCCUGCGGGGCCCGGGCGGAAGGUGGUUGAAUAUAGAAGCGCCAGAGACUUGGAGACCUUCUCCAAGUUCCUGGACAAUGGAGGCGAGCUGCCAGAGGAGGAACUCGCUGAGGAACCCCCAGGCCCCUCCCCGGAAAUGGCCAAUGCCACCACACCACCCAAAGAGGAGCUGUAACUGCACCCGGUGCUCCCCUCCAUGACCUUUACCCCCUACCCUGCGUGCUGUCCAUGGAGCCGCCCCACAGAGAAUAAAGACUUCUGCCCUGCC